UAAAGCGGGUUUAGGGCGUGUUUAAAGCGGUUUUAGGGCGGGUUUCGGUGGCCAUGGCGGAGGCGGCGCAGGGCCGGGUGCAGGCCGCGGUGGAGAGCGCCGUGCAGGGCCUGGAGCGGGAACAGAUCCGCGCCAUGCAGGGCGCCAUGUUCCGCUGCAGCGCGCGCUGCUGCGAGGACGCAGCGGCCUCCAUGCAGGAGGUGCAGCGCUGCAUCGAGCGCUGCCACGCGCCCCUGACCCGCGCCCAGGCCAUCGUCACCGCCGAGCUGGAGCAGUUCCAGGACCGGCUGAGCCGCUGCUCGCUGCAGUGCUCGGACCAGGCCAAGGACGCGCUGGAGGCCGGGGGCUCGGAGCCGCGCGUGCGGGGCCAGCUGGACGCCUGCCUGGCCACCUGCGGGGAGCAGCACCUGCGCCUCGUGCCCAGCAUGGCCAAGAAGAUGCGGGACGGGCUGGCCAGCAUCCAGCAGUGACACCGGGGACACCCCCGGGGACACCCCGGGGACCGCCCCAAGAGAUCAUUAAAGG